UUAGACCUAUUUGUCUAGCCGACCCAUAUUCUUAUGUCCAAAUUUUGCCAGAAGAAAAUACCAUACCAAUCCCGCACUUCUCAGUUCAGAUAUCUUGGUUUUCUCUGUUUCCACUGCUAACAGAAAGAUGGCUGAGGCACUCAUUUCUGUGCUGCUCCAAAAUUUGGCUUCGGUAACUUACCAAUACGGCGAAGAAGAGGUGAAGUUGGUUUUGAAUGCGGAGAAAGAUGUUCAAGAAUUCGAGGCCAAACUUAAAGCGAUUCGUGCUGUGCUUGCGGAUGCGGAGCUGAGGCAAGUGAAGGAGGCCAGCGUCAGAAAUUGGCUGGAGGGGCUGACAGAGGUGUCGUACAAGAUGGACGAUGUGCUGGAUGAGUGGAACACUGAAAUACUGAAACAACAAAUUGAGAAACAAGAAGAGAACGGUGGAAGUACUUCUCUUGUUACUGAGAAGAAGAUGAAGUCGGUAUGUUUCUCUAUUCCAUCCUCUUGCUUUUGUUUCGGCCAAGUCCAUCGGAUAAUUCUUCAUCGUGACAUUGCUCUUAAGAUCAAAAGUCUGAAUGAAAAUUUAGAUGAGAUUGCAAAGCAAAGAGAAACAUAUAACUUUCGAUUCACAGAGAGAAUAAUCAGUGAACAACCUGAGCGAGAGAAAACUUCUUCUUUUGUUGAUGAAUCUAUCAUAUUUGGUAGAGAACAACAAAAGGAAGUUUUGGUUAGCAAGUUGUUGAAUGAGAGUAGUCAAGAAGAGACGGGCCUCCUUGUCAUCCCUAUUGUCGGGAUGGGAGGAAUGGGAAAGACAACUUUGGCCCAACUGGCUUUUAACGAUGAAAAUGUUAAAGCUUGUUUUGGGAUAAGAAUAUGGGUUUGUGUUUCAGACCUUUUUGAUGAGAUGAAAAUUGUUAAAGCCAUCAUCUCUGGUGCUAAAGCUGUCAGCCCAAAUUCGGAUGAGUUGGAAGAUUUCUUUCAGUGUAUGUCUGAAUCCAUUAAGGGAAAGAAGUUUCUCCUUGUCCUAGACGAUGUGUGGACUGAAGACCAAAGAAAGUGGGAGAAAUUGAAGUUGCCAUUAAUACAAGGUGGCGCCCAUGACAGUAGAAUAUUGGUGACCACUCGAAAACAGGAGGUUGCUGAUAUGAUGGGAGCUCCCACGCGCACAAUCUAUUUGGAGAGGUUGAGCGAACAAAAUUGUUUGUCAAUAUUCAACCGCAUGGCAUUUUAUAAUAGGGAUAAGGAUGGUGUGUUGGAAGCCAUUGGUGAAGAAAUAGCAAAAAAGUGCAAGGGUUUGCCUCUUGCUGCAAAGACUUUGGGUAGUCUCAUGCGUUACAAGAAAACGAGGAAAGAAUGGCAAGAAGUUUUGAACAGUAAGAUAUGGGAACUUGAAGAGGUUGAGCAACAAGUUUUCCAACCACUAUUACUGAGUUAUUUUGAUUUGGCACCUACGGUCAAACGAUGCCUUUUAUAUUGUGUUAUCUUUCCAAAAGAUCAUUUGAUCGAUAAAAAUUAUUUGAUUGAGUUGUGGAUGUCACAAGAUUACCUCUAUUCGAAAGGAAACACAGAGAAGGAAAUAAUUGGCCGAAGGUGUUUUGAUAAUUUAGUAAUGCGGUCUUUCUUCCAAGACUUUGAAAAAGACGACAAUGGAAAUAUCGGGAGGUGUAAAAUGCAUGAUAUUGUGCACGAUUUUCUGCAGUAUCUUACUCAACAUGAAUGCUUUACAAUGGAGGUUAAGGGUGGUAACAAUACAAUAAAUCCCUUGGGUGAUAAGAUCCGCCAUUUGACCUUAAUGCUUGCACCUGAGGGUCCACUCUCAUGUGUUUCGUUUUCCAGCUACGAUCUACGUACUCUUGCCACUUUUGAUUCAAAAUUUAAUGUUGUGAACUCAACUUUGUUCUCGCAGUUGAAACAUCUUAGGACAUUAAAUUUGAGUGGUCAUUGUAUUGAAGUGCUUCCGGAAGAGAUAGGUGAAAUGGUGCAUCUGAGGUUUAUUGAUCUGUCCAAAAAUCCUUUGAAAAGGCUACCGAAUGGGGUGUGUAAUUUAUACAAUUUGCAGACUUUGCGCCUUGUUGAGUGUGAAGAACUUGAAAGUCUACCUCAGAGCAUGGGAAAGUUGAUUAACUUAAAGCAUCUGUAUGUUUGGGGUUGUCGUAAUCUGAAGUACUUGCCGAAGGGGAUUGGGAGAUUAACAAAUCUAAGAGGAUUAGAUCGGUGCCCUGUCAGCGGUGGUAAAGACGACGAUGAAGCGUUCAAAUUGGGAGAUUUGAGAAACUUAGACCAACUUCAGGGGGGACUUUCGAUAGUAAUUGAUGGGGAUGUGAAAGUUGCAGCGGGUGAGGGUGAGAAAGCAUCACCCCUGGGGAACAAACAACAAAUCUUAGAAUUGAGUAUAUCUCUUUUUGGUUGUGGAAGAAGUGCAGAAACACUGAAUUUUUUACGACCGCAUCCAAAUUUGGAAUAUUUAGAAAUUAGAGGGCAUAAUGAAAGCACUGCCCCCAACUGGAUCAUGUCAUUAAACAAUUUGAGAUUUCUUGUUCUUUCUACAUGGGAAUGUGAAGUUUUACCUCAUUUGGGAAGAUUGCCGUCCCUCGAAGGACUGGCGCUUCUUGGUAUGAAAGGAGUAAAAAAGGUUGGAGUUGAGUUUCUGGGAAUAGAAAAGGAAACGUCAUCAGCAUCAUCAUGCAUUACUCUAUUCCCAAAACUUAAAGAACUAGGAUUUUUGGAAAUGGAGGCGUGGGAAGAGUGGAAAGGAGUGGCAGAGUGGAAGGAAGAGGAUUCUCAUAUUACCAUAAUGCCAUGCCUUUCUUCUUUGAAGUUUGAGAACUGCGAAUCGCUAAAAACAUUGCCAGACUUCUUGCGGAAAACACCACUUCAAACACUUGUCAUCAACCACUCUGGCAAUCUUGCACGAGGCUGCCAAAAAGGCAGAGGAAAGGAAUGGCCCAAGAUUUCUCACAUCCCCAACAUCAAAAUCACAGGUAGAUUACCUUUUUUUUCUGACGAUGAGGGUGACGUCAUAUUCUAAGCAGAGGAUGCUGUUUAGUUGCAUGAGAGGCCGUCCAUUUCUGAAAGUUUCACAAGCACGCUUUUGGGAGGGCGGCAGACCUAAAAAAACUGGAUUCACCAAGACCCUCCAGUUGUCUGGUUUAGCUGCUAGCAG